AUUAACAGGGAAAUAUGGACAAGAGUGGGCGAAUGAAAGUGCGAAAGGCAGAAGGUACCUGGCAAGGUUCAGCAUAAGUUUAGCAUAGUUCAGCAGGUGCUGGCGGCCCCAGACUGGCAAGACUUGGACCCAGACCUGGACAUUGCCCGACCUGUUGUGUCCAACCUUGUCCAACCUCAUCCUCACCAACCUCCUCCACAAUCUUCCACUUUCACAUUCUGCCACCAAAUCUAAAUCUGCCACCACUAUUACUCGUCCACUGUCCAUCUUCCAAAUCCGACCGAUACGGAUGAGCUUCUAAAGACCCGCAAUCCCCUCCCGGUGACUUUGCCUUCAUCGAGGAAUGCUAGCUAUCGUUUCUUCUAUUUGCGAGAAUAUUCUUCUGCUUUACUAGAUUACGCGAAAGCCUGCAAUUCACGUCCGAAAUCCGAAAUAAUCGUACCGAGGUUCCCCGUCAGCUCAAGGUAAACAAAUCAAUUGACACCAGCACAGUCGAGAGUACCCGCCGCCCACCUUCGAACAUCAUUCUUUCCCCGACCGCACUUUUCAUUACUGACAAGAAUUCUUACUUAGAAUUUUUCGAACUUAGACCAUUUGCUAUCGAUUAAAAAAAUUAAAAAAAUUAGGCGAUCAUGUCGCUCAAGAUCGAGAAAGACACGAUCCGCCAUGCGACCGAGACUGUGCCCGGCGCCCUCACGCACAUCCCUCGUGAUGGUCCUUUACCUGGCACGACCGGCAAACAUCCCAUCGCUGAAGCGAUCGGUACCGCGAUCACUGGAGGUAAACGAAACGCCGGCACGAGGGGUUAUUUGAUGGCCUACAUCAAUCAACUAGAGAAAAAUCCGCUACGGACUAAGAUGCUCACAGCCGGCACCCUCGCUGGUCUACAAGAGCUUCUCGCGUCAUGGCUAGCUAGAGACCGCAACAAGCACGGACACUAUUUCACGGGCCGUGUGCCAAAGAUGGCGGCGUACGGCGCCCUGGUCAGCGCACCCCUAGGUCACUUCCUGAUCUGGUGUCUUCAGAAGACCUUCAAGGGCCGCACGAGUCUCCGUGCCAAGAUUCUCCAGAUUCUUAUCAGCAACCUUAUAGUUGCUCCAAUUCAAAACGUGGUCUACCUUGUCGCUAUGGCUCUCAUUGCCGGCGCCCGAACCUAUCACCAGGUUCGAGCGACGGUACGCGUCAGCUUCAUGAAAGUUAUGAAGGUAUCCUGGAUCAGCUCGCCGCUGUGUCUUGCUUUCGCACAGGCUUUCCUACCUGAAGCCGCCUGGGUUCCCUUCUUUAACGUGGUCGCUUUCACCAUCGGCACAUAUAUUAACACCAUGACUAAGAAGAAGCGUCUUGCUGCUCUGCGUAAGAAGCAUUUUGGCGACGGACGAUCGGGCUCCGUGGCAGGCGGACGACCCGAGUCGGAUUAUCCUCCUCCUCCCUCCUCAAUCGGUGGACCUAACCCACCAUACUAACUUGUGAAUGAAUUAUCGGAAUUAGGGGACUUGGACUGGGGGGUUAUUGUAUAAGAUGGAAUGUGGGAAAAUCUGUAGGUAUUUUUUGAGGAUGCCCUGGGGCUGCUGGCUUACUCGACUUUUGAUAUCGAGGAUGUUUUUUCACAUGACGUUCGUAUACAAUUGUAACGAGGGAAAAUUAGGGAAGGCUUUGGGGUUUAUAUCUUGGGACGAUCCGUGAUGUGUUCAGGAGUAUCCGCGCUUUUUUUCUUUAUAUAACUUUGCUUUCGUACUGCUGUUUGAAGUACUAAAAUAUUUCCUCGAGUAGCUCAUAAAACAGAAUAAAACAUUGGAAACAUGGCCCUCUGUCGUCUUUGUCGCCAAGGUGAAGAUUGCACGAGCUUGUAGUUGUGUAUUACUACUACUACUACUACUACUACUACUACUACUA